UAGUACGCAAGUGUGCGGUCUCGGUGGUGGCUUUGUUCCAGUUUGUGUAAAAGCGAGCAUAUUUACCACACACACACGCACGCACACUGAAGAGCGAGUGGGUUGCGUCAGAAGGACAAAAGCUUUUGUGGGUUCAAGCUUUUGUUACAGUGUCGGUACCAUGUCUAUUCCUCCUUCCUACUCUGACUUGGGGAAAGCGGCGAAGGAUAUCUUCAGCAAAGGAUAUGGCUUCGGGAUAAUUAAGCUGGACCUCAAGACCAAGUUGCAUAAUGGGGUUGAAUUGAACACAUCUGGCUCUUCUAACAUCGACACUGGCAAGGCUGGUGGCAGUUUAGAGACCAAGUACAAGAUGAAGGAGCUGGGAAUGGGUCUCAAUCAGAAGUGGACCACAGACAACACUUUAACUACUGAACUUUUUGUGGAGGACCAGCUGGCAAAGGGCUUGAAGGUGGCUCUUGAUACGUCCUUUGUUCCAAAUACAGGCAAGAAGAGCGGUAAGCUGAAGACGGGCUACAAGCGGGACUACAUGAACCUGUCCUGCGACGUUGACUUUGAGGGUCCAGUCGUGCACUCCGCAGCCGUUCUGGGCUACGCAGGCUGGUUGGCUGGUUACCAAAUGGCAUUUGACACAGCCAAGUCCAAACUGGUGCAGAACAACUUUGCUCUUGGCUACAAGGCUGGUGAUUUCCAGCUACACACCAAUGUAAAUGAUGGAACUGAGUUUGGUGGGUCCGUCUACCAGAAGGUGAACGAUCGGCUGGAGACAGGGGUCAAUCUGGCCUGGACUGCUGGAAGCAACAACACACGCUUUGGCAUCGCUGCCAAGUAUCAGCUGGACAAUGAUUCUUCUUUGUCUGCCAAGGUCAACAAUGCCAGUCUGAUUGGAAUCGGCUACACUCAGAAUCUGCGACCAGGAAUCAAGGUGACGCUCUCUGCACUUAUCGAUGGCAAGAAUUUCAGCACCGGAGGUCAUAAAGUUGGACUGGGCUUUGAACUCGAAGCAUAACAGCCCACUCCAGUGGUAUCAACUCUCCAUCUGUCUAUUGUCCUUUGUACACAAUCAUUACCCCAAACCACCUAACUCGAUUGAAAAAUGAAGACAGGAUAAUCGGCGCCAUUUUGAGCAGUCGACACCUGAACACUAAACUCUUCCAUCCGUGAAAUAGAUGGUCCAUCAGUAAUAGGAAUGUUCUGAGGUCUGAGAAAUAUUCUGUUACAAAUAUUUAUCUUAUUAAAAAAAAACACUGCACUGCAAUCAGGUUUCAUGGCGUUUAAUGGCAGUUGAAGUUACAAGUAAAUGUCGAUUAAGGUUUUUCUCUUUUUUUUUUUUCCCUUCAUGAUGUUCGAUUACUGAGUCUACCUUUGCAUAAUUUAAUAUAAGCGCAGGAUUAGCUGCUGUCUUCUGAGGGAUUUCGAUAUGAAAAUUGACGCGCUAAUAGGUUGCAGUAUAAUGUCUUCUCGUCGGUACACAGACAUUUAAACCUGAAUAAUGAGAACAUGUAGACAAAUUCCUUCAUCAGCAUCCUGCAAUAAACUUGAACUGAAAACUGG